AUGGCCAGCCUCCGGAUCGACGAGCGCAGCGGCACCGGCAGGUUCCCGGCCGCCGUGUGGCGUAGCGACAAGCCCAGGACCUUUCUCGCUUGGUCCACGGGCGCAGUCGCCUGGGAGCUCGCCGUCCCGGUUGCGUUCCGGCGCCAUGAGUCGCGCUACGUCGACACGGACGCCGACUGCCUCACCAUACACUGCACCGUCGAGGUCCUCCUCCAGCAGCAGGAGAACAACUCCGCCACCAGCACCAGGAACUGCUUCGUCUCCGUUCCUCCGCCCCCCAGCAUCUCCCAAGACUUGCACAGGCUUCUCAGGGAGAGGCAGUCGCCCGAGCCGGACGUGACAUUCGUCCUCGAGGAUGGUACCGAGAUCGAGGCGCACAAGCUGGUAAUGGCCAUGCGGUCGCCUGUAUUCCGCGCCCAGUUCUUAUGCGGGGACAUGAAGGAGCGGAGCACGCGGCGCUUCAUAAUGGACGGCAUGAGCGCCUCCACCUUGAGGGCGAUGCUCUACUUCAUCUACACCGACGAGCAGCCUACACCCAGGAGAGGAAGAUGCCGUGUGGCCAUGGCACAGGACCUGCUCGUGGCCGCGGAUCUCUAUGACCUAGAGAGGCUUAGGCUCAUGUGCGAGAAGAUACUCUCCGAGAGCAUGGACGUCGAAAAUGUCAUGACAACGUUGGUGCAGGUGGACGGCCGGCAGAGCUGCCAGCAGCUUGAGGCAUCGUGCAUCGAGUUCAUGGCGUCCGACCCAGACGUGUACGACGCUGUGGAGGCCACCGAGGAGUACAAAGAACUCGAAAAGACAUGCCCCUCUUUCAUACAUGAGAUCACGAAGAAACUAGCUAAGACCACAAUGGCCCGCAAAAGAUCUCCCGCUAAUACUUCUUCCACCGGCACCUGCGAGGGCAGCGGCAACAGAGAAACAAUGACAAGCGCGUCAAGGUAUAAUCCGCCUGCGGUGGUUAUUGGCACGCACGAGUUCACCAUUCAAAGCUUGAGCUGGGUGAGGGAGGUGCAUAGUGUCGGUGAGUACAUCCGAUCUGGCAGUUUCCAGGUGGGGGGUUACGAGUGGACCAUAGAGGUGACCCCAUCAGGACAACCAGAGGACACGUCGGAGUACAUUGGCGUCUUCGUUUGGCCUACCAUAAACGACGAUGAAACUAAGGUGAAAGCAACAGCGACCUUUAAGCCCGUCCACCCCACCGACAAGUCGCAUCCGUUUCCUCCCCAUAAUCUAACACACAUCUUUGCCGGCAGGGCGUGCCAUAGAAUGGGGUGGCCAAAAUUCAUCACGGUGGCAUAUGCAAACUCACACUACGUGGGACAUGACGACUCUUUUACCGUACAAUGCCGACUUGCGGUAACCACAGGAUCCUCCACUAGCAGCACCAUCGCAACGGGCGGCCCUGUCCCCGUACCGAUGAUCGUGCCACCAUCCAACCUGGCUUGGCAUCUCGAGCGGCUGCUAGCGAGUGAGGAGGGUUGGGAUGUGAAAUUCGUAGUAGAGGAGAUCGAGAUCUGCGCGCACAGGUUCGUGAUCGCCGCACGCUCGCCGGCGCUGUACGAUCUGGUGGAAGAAUCGGGAACCAACCAUGUGAAUAUUGAUGGCAUUAGAGCCGUGGUUUUCAAGGCCAUCCUACACUUCAUCUACACCGACAAGCCGCCUUGCGUCGAAGACCUAGUUGCUCCUGCCACCGGGCAUUCAACGAUGACCGUCGCUGGAGAAAUGUUGGCGGCAGCAUGCCGGUUCCGCCUGGAGAGGAUGAAGCGGCUAUGCGAGAACCUGCUGGCGGAGAAGAUGACGCCGGAGUACGCUUUGGCCACUCUGAGGCUGGCUGGGCGCCAUGGUUGCACGGAACUGGAAGACUACUGCAUCGAGUAUAUCUCACUACCGCACAUGGUAAAGGACGUGAUGAAAACACUCAAGUACUUUAUAUGGUGAAACAUUGCACCUGAAGACAAACAUCUAUUGCUUGUAAACUCGUGAAGACAAAGAUCUAUUU